UCAGCCCUCUCUCUACCUCAAGACUGACCUCAUCCAUCCUCAUUAAACAUGGCAACAAACACCAAUGGCAACGGUGCUGGUGCCGUCGGCCAGGAGAACAUCAACACGGAUAUCGUCACUCUCACACGAUUCCUCACGGAAGAGCAAGUGAAAGUGCCUGAAGCCACGGGUGACUUCACCCUCCUCUGCCACGCUCUCGGAUUCGCCUUUAAAUCCAUCGCCUACUACAUCCGUCGUGCUACCCUCAUUAACCUGACCGGUCUCGCCGGUUCCUCCAACACAACUGGCGAUGAUCAAAAAAAGCUCGACGUGAUCGGCAACGAUGUCUUCGUCUCCGCCAUGAAGGGCUCUGGCAAAUGCCGCAUCCUUGUCUCCGAGGAGGAAGAAGAAGCCAUCAUUUUCAACGAACACCCGCACGCCCGCUACGCCGUUGUCUGCGACCCCAUCGACGGCUCCUCCAACCUCGACGCUGGCGUCUCGGUUGGCACCAUCUUCGGCAUCUUCAAGCUUCCCGAUGAAGUCGUCGGCGAGAACAGCACCGUCACAGCCAAGGACGUUCUCCUCCCGGGAACCGAAAUGGUCGCAUCCGGUUUCACCAUGUACGGCGCCUCAGCGCAGCUCGUCAUCACCAUGAAGAACGGCAGCGUCAACGGCUUCACUCUCGAGAACUCCCUCGGCGAGUUCAUCCUUACCCACCCCAACAUGCGGCUGCCUCCAAGGCGCGCCAUUUACUCCGUCAACGAGGGUAACAGCAUGUACUGGGACGAGUGGGUGAAUGCGUACUUCCACGCGCUGAAGCACCCAGGCGAGGGCAAGAAGCCCUACAGCGCCCGCUACAUCGGCAGCAUGGUUGCCGACGCGUACCGCACGCUGCUCUACGGCGGUAUCUUCGCGUACCCCGCAGACUCGAAGAGCCCCAAGGGUAAGCUGCGCAUUCUUUACGAGUGCGCACCCAUGGCGAUGGUCUUUGAAAACGCCGGCGGCUUGGCGGUGAACUCGCGCAUGGAGCGACUCCUCUCCGUGCAGCCCGAACAUAUCCACGACCGCAGCGGAGUCUUCCUCGGUUCCAAGGAGGAGAUCGAGAAGGUCAUUGAUAUGUAUAACAAGUUUUCAGACAAGAACUAAACCAACCCGAAUCUAGCCGUCAUGAAAUCAGCCAGGGCGAACCCUGCAUCAUAAAACAUCCCUACCUACCUACCUACCUACCUACCUAUCUACCUACCUCUCUAGCCAUUGCUAGUGUCCAUUGGAGUUCUAUGGUUUUCUCCAUGGGAAAGUUGAAAGUUAUUAAUGUUCAUAUUAUCAUACCAUAUCAUACCAUACCAUACCAUAUGAAAUAUCCCUUUUUU